AGUUGAAACGGUUCUGCCGGCAGAGUACUUUUUAUUAUUAUAUCAUUUUGUAACUAUUUUAGUUAUUUGGCGAUCUCCGGACCGUGACAAACUGUUAUUCGUUUUAUCAAAAUGUCAUUCAGAGUUCAACCCAAAGGAUUUGCCACCAAAUCCAUUCAUGCGGGUCAAGAACCAGAGCAAUGGAAAAGCAAUGCUGUCAUUCCUCCGAUAUCAUUAAGCACAAAUUUUAAACAGAAUUUUCCCCCGGAAAAAGAUGGCUUUAAGUAUUCAAGAGGUGGCAAUCCCACUCGCAAGGUUCUGGAAACAUGUUUAGCUGCUCUGGACAAUGCAAAAUAUGGAUUAACUUUCUCAUCUGGACUAGGAGCGACAACUGCAGUGCUGUCCAUGCUAAGCGCUGGAGAUCAUAUAGUAGUUGGAGAUGAUAUCUAUGGUGGAACCAAUAGGCUAAUACGGCAGAUUACAUCUCGUUUUGGAAUAUCUGCCACGUUUGUUGAUCCAACUAACUUGGAGGCAUUUAAAGCUGCAUUUAAACCCGAAACCAAGCUUGUAUGGAUCGAAUCGCCUACAAAUCCUUUGAUUACAAUUGUAGACAUCAAAGCAAUAAGUGUUAUUUGUCAUCAGAUCGGUGAUCAUAUAACUCUUGCCGUGGAUAAUACGUUCUUGACAUCUUAUUUCCAAAGACCCCUCGAGUUAGGAGCUGAUUUGGUUUGCUAUUCGUUAACCAAGUAUAUGAAUGGGCACACGGAUGUGGUCAUGGGUGGCCUUACAAUGAAUUCGGAUAAACUUUAUCAGGCCCUGAAGUUUUUACAGAAUUCCUGUGGCAUUGUUCCCUCGCCCUUUGAUUGUUAUCAAGUGAAUCGCAGCCUUAAAACACUUUCACUUCGCAUGGAGAAGCAUCAGAGCAAUGCACUGGCAAUCGCCAAGUUCCUAGAAUCCCAUGCGUUCGUGGAUAAAGUUCUGCAUCCAGGUUUAGUCUCACAUCCACAGCAUGAGAUUGCAUUGCAACAGACCUAUGGCUAUAGCGGAGUGUUUUCUUUCUAUAUCAAAGGCGACUUAAAACAGUCCACGGCAUUUUUUAAAGCUCUCAAACUGUUCACCUUGGCUGAGAGUCUCGGUGGCUAUGAAAGUUUGGCAGAAUUACCAUCUCUCAUGACGCAUGCGUCCGUUCCACUUGAGGAUCGACUCAAAUUGGGAAUAACUGAUAGCCUAAUACGUUUGUCAGUCGGCCUGGAGGACUCUGAGGACUUAAUAAGUGAUCUUCAACAAGCUCUAGAUAUUGCAGCCAAAGCCUAAAGUUCAACAAAUGUCAUAUAUCAUACUAUACUAGCUAAAUGCUUUAUACCAAAACAAAUUUCUGUUUUUAAAAAUGAUUUGUAUGCCCUUAACGAUGAGGCAAAAAUUUUCAAGUUGCCAAGCAGGUCAAAAGUUUAAUUGGAAUUGAAUUGAGCUUUAGCUUCAUUGCAAAUAUAUCGCCCCUUUAGAAAACUAAA